CGGAAGCGAUGCCUUGAAGGAAUAAUAUGAUAUCUUAUGGCACUCCUCUUCAUCUGCUACUCUUCUUUCACAUUUGAAAUUGUAUAUUUAUAAGGAGUCCUACACAGCCAUGCCUACAGCACUAGAGAGAACAUUGGGUUCUAUCAUUUCCACCAUUGAGUACUGUUACUUUCGCUAUCGAAACCUCAACAACAUCAACCAGCAGGCCAACAUGCCCAAGAGUCGACCACUUUCAUUGCAGACGGUGGAGCUCAAAGUGAGGAUGUGCUGCACGGGCUGUGAGAGGGUUGUAAGAGACGCCAUACUCAAGCUCAGAGGGGUGGACUCAGUGGAGGUGGAGCUGGAGAUGGAGAAGGUGACGGUGGUUGGGUAUGUGGAUCGAAACAAGGUGUUGAAGGCAGUGAGGAGGAGUGGGAAGAGGGCAGAGUUCUGGCCCUACCCAAAUCCACCAUUGUACUUCACAUCCGCCAAUGAAUACUUCAAGGACAUGAACAACGACUACAAAGAGAGCUACAACUAUUGGAGGCAUGGUUACAAUGUGGGCGAAAGGCAUGGCAAUAUUCCCGUGUCUUAUCGAGGGGAUGACAAGGUCAGCAACUUGUUCAACGAUGACAACGUCAAUGCCUGUUGUCUCAUGUAAUAUUUAUAUCUCUCUGCUUUUCAUCAAAUGCAUAAUUAUUAAAGGAGAUUUGCAACCCAAGUGCUUAUGCUGUGGGCAAAACCCAAGCCUUCCGUGUGUUUGUAUUUAUGUGUGUGUGCUCUGUUAAUUAAUUUCUCGUGUGUAAUAGCAUGCAAGCAAGUUCCACCGGCUCA